AUGGAUGAAUCAGUCAAGGAGAUAGAAUACAUUUCUGGACAACUCAAAGUUGGAGAAAUUGUUACCUACCAAGACAUUUCCCAUCAGUUUGGUGCUACUUACAAGAAAUCCAAAGUCAUUUUAUAUAAUUUCUAUAAGUCUAACAAGUCUAACUUUGUAGGGCAAUUCAUAAUAAAUGGAGUUAUUGAGGGAUCAACAGUUAUCAAGUUCAUUGAAUCUGAAAAGUUGAUUGAGGAGGCAGUCGAAAAAUUCGACAAGAUAGAUGAAAUCUAUUGUUAUUCCGUAACGCCUAAAACUGAAUUUUCACUCAAAGACUUUGCAAUUCAUAAUCAAAAGAAUGUCAUCAACACAGAUAAUUUGAACUAUUACCACAAGUUAGGAUUGAUUAAAGGGCCAGAAUUAGUUCCUGUCACGUCCUUCAAAACUUCCAAACUUACUGUUGCUGAACCAACUAAAACAUCCACUACUACAAAGGAAGUAUCUACCAAACCCAAGAAAGAGAAAACUAUUGGAUUGAUGUCUAACUAUGUAUCACGUAAACAAAAGCCUGCUGACACCGCAGGUUCCAAAAGAGCUGCCGAUCCUCCAAAAUAUCAAUAUAAAUCAAGGAAAUUGGAAAACAAAAAACCUGAAAAAGUUGUUGUGUCGAACGAUUUAGAAGCCGAUGAAUUUGAUGAAUUUGAUGAUAUGGAAGUUGAUACACCUGCUCCAUCAGUCCCUGCCCCUAAAACAAAACUUUCUGAUAUAUUCAAUGAUGACGAUGAUGACGAAGAGGAUAUAACAGAGGGUCAAAAGGAAGAGAACACCAAAAUACAGGAAUCUGAACAAGAAGAAGCUAUUCCGGAGCCUGAGGCUGAAACGAAGGAAGCCAGUGUUGAACCUCAAGUUGAACCUGAACCAGAAGCGGAGUCAGAAACUCAAGAACCUCAAGAACCUCAAUAUGAUGAAGAAGGUUAUUUAAUUACUUAUAAUACCAAAAAACCUAAAUCGAAACCAAAGCCAAAACCAAGAACAACCACUGAAACCAAAACUGAAAUCAAACAACCUGUUAAAUCAGCAGUUAAAGUAACUAAAGAUAAAAAAUCCAAACAACCAUCGGUAAUGAGUUUCUUCGGUAAGAAAAAAUAA